CGGCGUUGGCGGCGUUGGCCGGGGAUGUGAAGAUGUCAGUGGGCUGUGCCUGCCCCGGCUGUUCCUCCAAGUCGUUCAAGCUGUACUCUCCAAAGGAGCCCCCCAACGGCAACGCCUUCCCCCCCUUCCACCCCGGCACCAUGCUGGAUCGGGAUGUGGGCCCAACCCCCAUGUACCCGCCGACCUACCUGGAGCCUGGGAUCGGGAGGCACACGCCGUAUGGUAACCAGACCGACUACAGGAUAUUUGAACUCAACAAGCGGCUGCAGAACUGGACAGAGGAGUGUGACAAUCUGUGGUGGGAUGCCUUCACAACUGAGUUCUUUGAGGAUGAUGCCAUGUUGACCAUCACCUUCUGCCUGGAGGAUGGACCAAAGAGAUAUACGAUUGGCCGGACCCUGAUCCCACGCUACUUCCGCAGCAUCUUUGAAGGCGGCGCCACAGAACUCUACUAUGUGCUGAAACACCCCAAGGAGGCUUUCCACAGCAAUUUUGUGUCCCUGGACUGCGACCAGUGCAGCAUGGUGACCCAGCAUGGCAAGCCCAUGUUCACCCAGGUGUGCGUGGAGGGCCGGCUGUACCUGGAGUUCCUGUUUGACGACAUGAUGCGGAUAAAGACCUGGCAUUUCAGUAUCCGGCAGCACCGCGAGCUCAUCCCCCGUAGCAUCCUGGCCAUGCACGCCCAGGAUCCCCAGAUGCUGGACCAGUUAUCCAAGAAUAUCACACGGUGCGGACUCUCCAACUCCACACUCAACUACCUCCGACUCUGUGUAAUCCUAGAGCCCAUGCAAGAGCUCAUGUCCCGGCACAAGACAUACAGCCUCAGCCCCCGCGACUGCCUCAAGACCUGCCUGUUCCAGAAGUGGCAGCGCAUGGUCGCUCCCCCUGCCGAGCCCGCCCGGCAGCAGCCCAGCAAGCGCCGGAAACGGAAGAUGUCGGGAGGCAGCACCAUGAGCUCCGGGGGCGGCAACGCCAACAACAGCAACAGUAAGAAGAAAAGUCCGGCCAGCACCUUCGCGCUCUCCAGUCAGGAUGUGAUGGUGGUGGGGGAGCCGACCCUGAUGGGGGGGGAGUUCGGGGACGAGGACGAACGACUGAUCACCCGCUUGGAGAACACGCAAUUCGACGCGGCCAACGGGCUGGACGAUGAGGACAGCUUCAACAACUCGCCCGCCCUGGGCGCCAACAGCCCCUGGAACAGCAAGCCGCCCUCCAGCCAGGAAAGCAAGUCCGAGAACCCCACGUCGCAGGCUUCGCAGUGAGGCCGCCCCCGGCCCCGGUGAGCCCGCGGGAGAGAGGAAGAGGAAUCAAAAGAACUGAGCAGAAACCGAUCUACCUGGAAACAGGAGGGGGAGUCGGGACUGGAAGGUGCCAGGGGGUGGCCGGGUGGGUCUCUGGGUGGCCCUGAGGGACCCCUGGUGCCCCCGACCGUGGGGCCGCCGUGGCUGCCAGGGCCUGGCUUCUCCCGGUCAUCUGCCGCCACUGCUGCUGCCAGCCCUGGAGAGAGGUUGCCACAGCUGAGCUCCAGCAGCCCUGAGCCCCCAGCGGCUUCUCCACAGAGGGGCCCAGCGCCCCCCACCCCCUGCACCCUGCUCUCCUGCCCCCCACCCCCAGCCAGAGCCCGCGGGCACCACCCACAGACCACGUGGGGCUGCCCACUGAGACUUGGGUCGGGACGGGCGGGGCUGAGCCUCUGCUGCCCUCUCACCUCUUCCCCUCCCACAGGGACUCUGAGCUUCUCUCCCCCCUUUUGCAGUUCCUGUCAGGAGGGUAGAGGGUGAUCCAGGUCAAACUGCGGUGGGGAGGGCAGAGGAGACCCCUUCUUGGUGUUGGCAGCUGAGGAGCUAAGUUCCCCCUCGCAUCUCCCUCCCCCGGUUCCCAGCUCCUGAAACCCCUGACUUCUCUCUCUCUCUCUCCUCUCUCCCCCUCCCUCUCUCUUUUUUAAAAUAAUAAUAAUAAAAACAUAAGUUUUAAAAAAAAAAUCGACCCCCCCACUCCACUCGCCCUGCAUUCCUCCUGCCUCUUCCCUCCCUCCUCCCACCCGUUUGGGUUUCCUUUGGCCCCCGGUGGGCGGGUUGGGGGGAGGAGGUGGGCCAGGUCCCUGUUUUCUACAAUUCAGAGCUUCAGACCAUUUUCCUUUUUGGUCCACCGGAAGGGGCCGGGGGCAGACGCUGGGACGGGGAAGGGCUGGUGGAGUCCCCCCUCUGUCCACCCACCCCCCCCGCCCCUGCCCCAGUGUAAAACUUGUGUGCUGUUACCCCCCUCCCUCCCCCAGCCCCCAACUCUACCCUCCUCCCAGCACCGCUUGGGUUUGUGUCCCUCGUGCUUGUAAAUCUCCACACCGUAGAAGAUCAUGUGUAUUAUACUGACCUGUGACCUUUCAAUGUGUUCCGCUAGAGCAGCUGUGUUCGGGGAGCCCUCUACCCACCCCCAGGGCCUCCGUGGGGAAGGGGCGUUGAUUGCCGGUCACACAGUAGGAGCGGGCCUGGCUCCCCUUCCCCUCUGGCCCCAGCCCUGCUGGGGGGCGGUGGGCUGGGGCGGUGGGGGGGGUCCACUGGUGUUCGUCUCCGUAUUUCUUUUUGAGUUGUUUCAUCCCCUGUGUGUUAGGGCUAGAGGAGAAGGGGCCCCCCACAGGGUCAAGAGGGGGUGUUGGUGGGCCUCCCGCUUCCCUAGUCCCCCCUCCGGGAUAGAAAUAGGGCCAGUGGGCAUUGGGCCGCCCCUCGCCGUGCCCACCCACCUGCUGGGCAGGUCACAGGGAGCAUCAUGCCAGGGGGCCUCUGGUGACCACAAGGGGGAGCCCCGGGAUCGCCUCUGCCCCAGAUUCCUGUGUCCAGGCAGAAGGACCUACUGGGAGACUGGGAAAGCUGGGAGGAGGGGAGUGGAGGUGUCCAGGCCUAUCUCCAGGGUGACGGGGAAUGGAAAGCGCUUGUCUCGGAUUCCGGUUACAGCGGCUUGCAGGACCCCUUGUUGCUCCAGAACUCCUUCUGUAGUGCUCAGACCCAGGUGGGGGACAGAGAGAGAGAGAGGGGAAGGAGUGGGAUCCAAGGCUCUACGUCCUUCCCCGAGCUGGGGCUGAUCCCUGAUGCCUGCACCUUCCUCUGCCCUGUUUCAGGACCCUUCUCCACACUGCCCCUCCCCCCCCCAUCCCAUUCCCACCCCCCAUCCUCUCCUCUGCUCUCUCCUAGAGCCCAGGAGAGACCCUCAGCUAAACGGCCCACCACCCUCCCCUGGCUCCACGUCAACCCUCCCCAGCUCCCCAGGCAAUGUAAGGUGGGCUAGGGGGCUCAUUUCCUUGGUCUCCCCCAGUCCCAUCAGGGCCAGAAUGAGUUAGCAGGGGUUGGAAGGUACAGGCAGGCAGAGGUAGUUGGAGGGUGCUCCCCCCACCCCCCUGUGAUGCCUCUUUUUUUUUUUUUUUUUUUUGCAUAGUUUGUGCCAUUUCGGAGUCAUGUAUGGUACCAAUAAAUGACUUUUUGGUUUGACGCUG